GGGCUCUCACACAUCGACUCAUGGCGGAGAUCACCACAUCUCACAAUCGGCUCGAUCACACCGCCAAACCCGCGUCUCAUCAUGGACACAAGACGUCACGAGCGCCGCUGAGAUUGCGGACACAUUGGAUGUUGCGUUUCGGCUUUUAUUGAGUCCCAGAGAGCCAGCUGCAUUCAUAUACGGUGUCCUCGCCAGGCCCGGGAGGCUGUGAAUUAUUCUUAAAGGAACUGGACAACAAACAGGGGAAAUGGCUGCGACUGCCGGCUUCUCCUCCAAUGGUCCCUGGACGCUGAGCGACACCGAGGUGAACAGUUUGUACCGGGAUCUCGAGCUGGGCACCGUAUUGACUCUCUUUUACUCAAAAAAGUCUCAAAGACCUGAGAGAAGGACAUUUCAAGUUAAACUUGAGACCAGACAGAUUAUCUGGACCCGAGGAACGGAUAAAAUCGAGGGGGGAAUUGAUAUUCGGGAGAUUAAAGAGAUCAGGACGGGACAGAAGUCACGUGACUUUGAGCGGUAUGUGGAGGACUCGACGGCUCGGCCGGAUCAGGCCCACUGCUUCGUCAUUCUCUACGGGACAGAGUUUCGACUCAAAGCACUUAGUCUUGCAGCGACGUCAGAUGAGGAGAUGGUGAUGUGGGUGAAGGGUUUGACCUGGCUGGUCUCAGACACACUCCGCUCCCCCACACCCCUGCAGAUAGAGAGGUGGCUAAGAAAACAGUUUUACACAGUGGAUCGCAACAGGGAAGACAGAAUUUCCUGUAAGGAUUUGAAAAGUAUGUUGUGUCAAGUCAACUACAGAGUUCCCAAUAUGAGGUUCUUACGGGAGAAACUUCCGGACGGAGAGCUGAGGAAUGGAGAUGUAUCGUACAGUCAUUUCGCUCAGUUGUACCGCAGUCUGAUGUUUGAUGCACAGAAAUCAAUGGAGAUUCCUCUGCUGCAAAGGUUUAUUGAGAGACCGGAGCAGAAGAUCUCGCUGGAGGACUUCCAGAACUUCCUCAUCGAACAUCAGAAGGAGCUUUGGGCCACAGACAAUAACAAGGUGCAGGAGUUCAUGUUCCAUUACCUGAAAGAUCCUCUACGAGAGAUCGAGCAGCCGUACUUUCAUCAGGACGAGUUCCUGACGUAUCUGUUCUCUAAGGAGAACACUAUCUGGGACUCUCAGCUGGAUCAGGUGCGGCCAGAGGACAUGAACAACCCCCUGUCUCAUUACUGGAUCUCCUCGUCACACAACACCUAUCUGACGGGAGACCAGUUUUCCAGCGAGUCGUCUCUGGAGGCGUAUGCACGCUGUCUGCGGAUGGGCUGCAGAUGCAUCGAGCUGGACUGCUGGGACGGUCCUGAUGGGAUGCCCGUCAUCUAUCAUGGUCACACGCUCACCACAAAGAUUAAAUUCAGCGAUGUGCUUCACACCAUCAAAGAACAUGCUUUUGUCACUUCUGACUAUCCCAUCGUCCUCUCCAUUGAAGACCACUGCAGUAUAGUUCAGCAGAGAAACAUGGCCACCUACUUCAAGAAAGUUUUUGGAGAGAUGCUCUUGACCAAAGCAGUGGACAUCUCAGCGGACGGUCUCCCCUCGCCCAAUCAGCUCAAGAAAAAGAUCCUCAUCAAGCACAAGAAGUUGGCUGAAGGCAGUGCAUAUGAGGAGGUCUCGUCUUCAACACCUUACUCUGAGAAUGACAUCAGUAACUCCAUCAAGAACGGCAUUCUCUAUCUGGAGGACCCCAUCAACCAUGAGUGGUAUCCUCACUUCUUUGUUCUGACCAGCAAUAAGAUCUAUUACUCUGAAGAGACGUCCAGUAAUCAAGGGAACGAGGAUGAGGAGGAACAUAGAGAGAUCUGUAAUGGGAUGGACCAGCAUGUAACGGAGAAGUGGUUUCACGGUAAGCUGGGUGCAGGGCGAGAUGGGCGUCAGAUCGCCGAACGUCUGUUGUCUGAAUACUGUCUGGAAACCGGAGCUCCUGACGGAUCAUUUCUGGUGCGCGAGAGUGAGACGUUUGUGGGCGACUACACACUCUCUUUCUGGCGGUCCGGUCGAGUCCAGCACUGCAGGAUUCACUCUCGACAGGAAGCUGGAAGCCCAAAGUUCUACCUGACGGAUAAUCUUGUGUUUGACACGCUGUUUGCGCUCAUCACACAUUACCAGCAGGUGCCUCUGCGCUGCAACGAGUUUGAGAUGAAGCUGACGGAGCCAGUGCCGCAAACCAACGCUCAUGAGAGCAAAGAGUGGUAUCACGCAUGUCUUUCCCGCAGUCAGGCUGAAAACAUGCUGAUGAGAGUGCCGCGUGACGGUGCUUUCCUCGUGAGGAAGAGAACUGAAUUCAACUCCUUCGCCAUUUCCUUCCGGGCGGAGGGGAAGAUAAAACACUGUCGUGUGCAGCAAGAGGGGCAGAUGGUGGUUUUGGGCACGUCUGAGUUUGACAGUUUAGUGGAUUUAAUCAGUUACUAUGAGAAACAUCCGCUGUACCGCAAGAUGAAGCUGCGUUACCCCAUCAAUGAAGAGACACUGGAGAAGAUCGGCACUGCUGAGCCUGAUUAUGGAUCUCUCUAUGAGGGUCGUAACCCUGGAUUCUAUGUGGAAGCCAAUCAGAUGCCUACAUUCAAGUGUACAGUCCGAGCCAUGUAUGAAUAUAAAGCCCAGCGUGAUGACGAGCUCUCUUUCAGCAAGAACGCCAUCAUUCAGAAUGUGGACAAACAGGAAGGAGGCUGGUGGAAAGGGGACUGUGGCGGUAAGAAGCAGCUGUGGUUCCCUGCGAACUACGUAGAGGAGAUCAGCCCUACAGCCAUGGAGCCAGACAGAUCUACGACAGAGAACAGUCCUCUAGGGGAUCUGUUGAGAGGAAGUGUGGACGUGUCUUCCUGUCAGAUUGUGGUGAGACCAGAAGGGAAGGGCAGCAGACCGUUUGUCUUCUCUCUGGUUCCUGUGGCUUCACCGCGUACAGGUCCAGUGCUGGACAUCGCAGCCAGCUCGCUGGACGAGCUGAAGGACUGGGUGGUGAAGAUCCGAGAGGUCACAAUGACCUCUGAAGCCAAGCUUGAAGAAGGUAAAAUGAUGGAAAGAAGAAAGAAGAUUGCUUUAGAGCUGUCAGACCUCGUCAUCUACUGUCGGCCGGUUCCUUUUGAUGAAGAGAAAAUUGGGACGGAGCGGGCCUGUUUUCGGGACAUGUCCUCAUUUCCAGAGACCAAAGCCGAGAAAUACGUGAACCGGAUCAAAGGGAAGAAGUUCCUGCAGUAUAACCGACUGCAGCUGUCUCGUAUCUACCCGCGUGGACAGCGGCUGGACUCCUCUAACUACGACCCGUUGCCCAUGUGGCUGUGCGGCAGUCAGCUAGUGGCCCUCAACUUCCAGACCGCAGACAAGCCGAUGCAGAUGAAUCAGUCUCUGUUCAUGCUGAACGGCAGGAGCGGUUAUGUGCUGCAGCCACCAAUCAUGAGAGAUGACAACUUUGACCCGUUUGAUAGACACUCACUGAGAGGAGUUGAACCAUUCACACUCAGCAUAGAGGUUUUGGGAGCACGCCACCUGCCCAAAAACGGACGAGGUAUCGUUUGCCCUCUCAUCGAGAUCGAGGUUUGUGGAGCAGAAUACGACAAUGCCAAGCAGAGGACUGACUCUGAAGCGGACAACGGUCUGAACCCCACCUGGCCGAGGAAGCCCUUCAGAUUCACAGUGUGUAAUCCUUCCUUUGCGUUCCUACGCUUUGUGGUUUAUGAGAUCGACAUGUUCAAUGAUCAGAACUUCCUCGCUCAGGCAACAUUUCCCAUCAACUGCCUCAAAACAGGCUACCGGUCAGUUCCUCUGAAGAACAGCUACAGUGAGGAUCUCGAGUUGGCAUCUCUGCUAGUGCACAUGGACAUCAUCAGAGGAAGGGUGGGCUAUGAGAUCAUACAUGAGAACGGGGAGAUGUUGAGUCCGUUCUCUGCAGCGGGAGCGAUGGCGAUGGCCAUGCAGGUGGGCCGGGAGCGUACGGGCGACUCGAGCUCUGUUUCCUCCACCUCCUCCAUGUCACCUCUACCCUCGUCUCCGGCACAGGCGCUGGGAUACCGCGGUCAGGAGGGCUCGUUCGAGGCCCGAUACCAGUCUCCUCUCGAUGACUUUAGAGUUUCACAGGAGGUGCUGUUGGACCACGAAUACAGGAGGAUACGCAGGGCUCGUGUUAGUGCAGACAACCGUGCCUAAGCCAACCAGCUGAGCGGACGACAGAUGGACAGAGCAGACGCGAGGCCAGCUAUAAGGUUCCUCCAGGGCUGGUGAAGUCAAGGACUGCCGUGAAACCGGUUUCUAAAGAAAUGUCAUCGCCAGCGUUUAUGAACUGAAAUCUCUCUUUUUCCAUACGACUCUUACGCACAGAGCCGUUCGAGUGGCGGAAGGAUUUGCGGAGUGCCGCUGCGGUUAUGGAGCCUGCGACUAACGGACAAAAAUGAACAAAUAUCUGCUUAGCUACAAUCUGAAACUGCGGCGGAAUGGAAAAACUCAAGGACAGCAGUUGGUGGCGACAAAAGGCCAAUGUUUCAAAAUUGAGUGGAAGCUGUAUCAUUCACCAUUUUGAAACUGAUUCCAGGUUAACAUUUUUGGAGUAAUAAUGCUUUCUUUAUGCUAUCUCUCUGGCUUAUAUAUGAAUCUAUAAAUGUGUGUGUGUUCCCCAUUUCGUUGUCGAUCAACAGUUGAAGCUGAUCAGCUCUCAAAGAGCCGCUUACUCCAGAUUUUCAUUUCAAAAUGAGGAUUAUUUUUUAUUAUUUAAACAUCUGUUUUUAACUUUCGUAAUGUUAUUGUUUUUUUCUAUAUGAGUGUUUCUGACAUGAGGGCUUGGCCUUUUUAAUUGUUUCUCAAAUUCUUGCUUAUUCUUCCUUCUCUCUGUCAGAGCUGAUGGACUAAUGGGUUUGAACCAUCCCAAAAUUCUCGUGUUCUUGUUUUUUAAAUGGGAAGGUGGCGAAAGAUCGUGUUGAAGAAUCACUAUCUGAGGCUCUUCAAUGUUCAUUAACUCUAGAACAACCUUUUUUUGUUUUUAAAAAUGAAGUCUUUAACGACAUUAUCAAGUGCCCAGAGAGCAAUAUCACUCUCCUUGUUUUGUUUUGCCAGUCUGUACAAGCGAACUUUAAUUUUCAAACCGCUCAGGUUGAGUUUAUAAGCCAGCAUUGGGCUAUGGGAGUGUUGGAUGCAAAAUAUUGUGUUUAGUUUACAGAUCAGAACUUUCUCAUUUCAGAAUGUUUUUCCUUUACGAAACUACUUCUGUUAUUUGUCAUUAUUAUGCCUCCGUGUUUCAGCACUCAAAAUAUAUGGUUCCUGAUAGUGUUUUAUUACAUCUUAUCACCUCAAAUAUGUUUUGCGUAUGAUUUAGUACCAUUAGUAGUUUGUUAGACACUGAGUCUCUUAAAAGAAAGCCAAAGGUAGAUGAUCCAGGUGACUAAUAUGGGAAAUUGGGACCAAAUAUGUUUGUCUCAGUAUUUUGGGUCAGUAAAACACCUUGAGCGUUAAACUAGUCUAUGAAUUGGUCAGAGUUGGCCAACAUUUGUGUUGUGUAGCUGUGUAAAAAGAGUACAAGGGCAUUUCUGCUAAAUCUGCAGUCUUUUAGAUAUAUUUAUCUUGUGCCAAGCAGUCGCUAUAAUUUUGUAUUUUGCCAUAUUAUCUCCCUGAUACUCCCGUUAUGCUAGUAAUGGAUAAAUAAGCAUAAGACUGCUACACUUUAGUAUUUACAUUUGAUGUACAGUAACUAACUAAGGCCAUAUUUAUUGUAGGAGCUCCACAGAUUCAUGCAGUUCUCAUGUUUAGCAAGUAGAGGUUGAGAUAUAUCACUGAACAGCACACAUCUAUAUGCCUUGUAGCUCUGAGACGAAUUGUUUAGUUUUUCAGCCACAGACAGAAGCCAUUACGAAGCUUUGUUGCAUCAUUUUCUGUCAUUGAUUCUUAACCUGGCUCUCCGUUUGACCUUGGGGUCCAGGUGUGUAUUUACAAUGCAGGGUGACUAUGGAGAGGUCAACACUGUAUUGUUUGUGCUUUGCAGCCCUUGUAAAUAAAUAUUUGAUUCACUUUUUGCAUUUUGGCUGCUAGGCAAAGCAACUGUUGUUGCACUAUUCAGUUCGGUGCAUACUUUGGGGCUGGAAGCAUAUGAUCGAUAAGUUGAAUCCCGAAGCGAUGUUGUUACAAAGUUCAUUAUUGUACAUUUUCCUGAUUGGGCAUAUGCAAAAUAAUAAUUACAAUUAAAAUGAGAGGAAAAAUCCCUUGCAGGUGGCAUUUUAACUUGCAUGAGCAAUUCAAGCAAUUGGGACGCAAGGAUACAUAUAUUCCUUAUAGUUUUAUAUACAGCAAAUUUGCAUUAUGCAAUCUAGAAAUACUGGGACCAUAGUAACUUCCUGAGCUUUUGAAAAGAUGAAAAACACAAGGCCGAACUCAUUUAGAAGGAAAUUUUGUCAAUUUCUCCUGCAUUAAUUGCUAAUUAUCCAACAUUCCCUGAAUGCUUUGUGUUAAAUCCCUUUCCCUAUACUGAUAUAGCCCUUCUCAUUCUGUAAAUCGGUUUCUGCUUUUUCCUUGCAUCAUCUUUCAUGUGCCUUGGUGUAUGUAUGCAUAUAUACAUCAACGAAAGAUCCCCUGUAUCUAUUAUGUAUGCCUUUUCUAUGCUUUCUUGCAUCAACAUUUAGUUAACAAUGUUCUUAUUUACGAACCAAGCCUUUUCUGUAACGUGCCUAUGCUAUAUUGGAGGAAGUAUACAUUUUAAUUUUGCUUUUCAUAUGAAAGAUUAUCAAGCCUGAGAAUAAAUAAAGUACUAAUUCAACAUAGAA